CUUUCGCAUGGAAGUUCGAAAAAUUAUCACAAUAUAUUCACUAAUUUUUGUUUUUCUUUUAAAAUCAAAAAUCACGAUAGAACAAAAGCAGUAAUUAACAGUAAUGAAUCCAGAAGAGAAUUUUGAGAAUCAGUCGAUUUCUAGAUUAGCAACAAAGAAACAAAGUCUGGAUGAUAUGUAUAGUGCUCCAGCUAAUUUUCUUGAAAUAGAUGUUAUUAACCCACAAACGACAAUUGUAGCAGGAAAGAAGAAAUUUACAGACUAUGAAAUUCGUAUGAGGACAAAUCUUCCUGUGUUUAAGGUAAAAGAAUCGAGUGUACGUCGCCGGUAUUCUGACUUUGAAUGGUUACGCAAUGAAUUAGAGAGAGAUUCCAAGAUUGUAGUUCCGCCUCUUCCAUCAAAAGCUUGGAAACGGCAAAUCCCAUUUAGAGGAGAUGACGGAAUUUUUGAGGAACAAUUUAUUGAAGAUCGUCGUAAAGGAUUAGAGAUAUUUGUUAAUAAAAUUGCUGGACAUCCUUUGGCUCAAAAUGAAAGAUGCUUGCACAUGUUUUUGCAAGAACCGACGAUCGAUCGAAAUUAUACACCAGGAAAAGUGAGAAAUACUUAAAUGUAUUCAUCGGGUUGUUAAAGACUAAAUUGAAAAGAUGCAUAUAUUAAUAUGAAUUUAUGUUAUUGCACUCUCGUAUAAUUUUAUAUUGUAAUUGUAUAAUCAGUAUAGGAAAUGUAAUCUUAAUUUCUUCUUUA